AUGGAAUGGCUCUUAAGUACAACGUUACCAAAUUAUGAAUAUAUAGUAACAUUUCUUAAUGUUAAACAUGAAGGUUUAUUUCAUUUUGAUAAUAGUAAUAGACUUGUACUACUUGAACAACAAUAUAUUGGUAUAACUGGAAAAACAGCUAUUAAACGUUUUCGAAUGAUGAAAGAUCUUGUUUACAAUAAAGUUAUGAAACAUGCUGGAAAAAAUAAAAUACUGAUUUUAGUACAUUCAAGAAAAGAAAAUGGAAAAACAGCUCAUGCUGUACGUGAUGUUUGUUUAGAAAAAGAUAUCAUUGCAGCUUUUCUCAAAGAAGAUUAA